AUGAUCGACCAACAUCAUAAUCCAGUAUUAAAAUAUACCGCAUGGACAUUGUUCAACAUUGUUCGCGCUGCUCUUUUGGUUACGGGCGUCGUAAUUUCAAUCAGUGCUGUCGGUAUGACUACUCGACGGGAGCAAUAUCUCUGGUUAGGAGCUCCAUUAAGUACACUAAUAUUAAAAUCAUUAUUAUCACGUUUUGGUACAAUACCUGAAUUAUUCGAACAUGAAGAAUCCAUUGCUCUUCGUUCAUAUUUAUUACCUGAUAGAAGAGAUGAAUUUUUUAUUGAACUAAAUUCUUCAUCACCAGCUGCAGGAACUUUAAUCAUGAUCAAUUAUCAACUAAUGUUCCAAUAUCGACCAGUUAAUUCUACAAUUACAAAUGAUGAUCUAAUUGUAAGUUCAUUUUCAAUCUCACCAUUAAUGCGUGAAAAGAGACUUUCUGGUCAAUUUCGUCUUGAUAAUUCAAAUAUUUAUCUUCAUAAUGGGAUUCAAUUACGAUCAGCAAUAUUUCAAGUUUGA